AAUUAUUGAAGACUUUCGUCCAAUGAUCAAUGACCAAACUACACCUUUAUGUAUUAUUCAAUUAAUUAAACAAUGUUGGGAUGCCGAUCCUGGGAAACGACCAACUGCUCGGGAAUUGAAAGAUCAAUUUGACAAAUUGCUUGAAUUCAAUAUUUCUGAGUUUCAGUUUGAACAUACGCCAAGUAACUUUCAAGUUCAAAAAUCUUCUGAAG